CAAAGCAUGCAGGACAGUGGACCUCCAGGACUGGACUUGAGAACCACUGUUCUACAUGUAUGACCGACCUGACCCUCAGUUUAUAGAGUCAUUUUUACUUUAAAGCUUCAGACACACAGAAGGAGCUUGUGUGUUUUAUUGUCUACACCAGAAGAAGAAGAAGAAGUCUUUAGUCUUUCUGCCGUGAAUCCUCCGUCUGCAAAUGAGUGGUCAAUGUCAGUUUUUAAAGGAAGAUGUGCUCUACAAGCUGGGCUCCCUCCAGGUCAGGGGACAGGGCUCUGGUUCCACUCUGGUUCAGUAAGACAGACAGGAUAGCCCUGCUCAGAUCUGCCCGGUUCAGCUCAGAACACAUGGACUCCACAUCAGUCCAGUCCUCCAGUGUGGACCUCAUAUCCUCCAGGAUCAGGUCCUCCAACACACCUGAGAGGACAUAUGGCACAGUUAGAGGUCACCUUGGGUCAUGUGUUAUGUUGGUUUUGGUUCACUUCCCCCUUUCAGUUUUAUUGGGAAUUAUCAGAUUCGGGAUCUCUAUCUCCUGUCCUGUUACUUGAGCAAUAAAACCAAGAUCUUAAUCACCACAUUUUUACUCUCACUACAGCUGGCGUCUUGCCUGCUGACAGCUUCUGUUUACCUUGGCCUCUGCUGACAAAGCUGUCAAGGAGUCGCAGUGCAAGCUCCUGCUGCCGAGGGUCUGACAGCAGAGAGGAAAGGACCACGCCUGCUGACAAGAUGGCUGCUUGGCCCUGCUGAGGCUCCGUCAAAAGCUGGAGGAGGGAGAGGCUGGGGGAUUGGUAAAAAACCCACAUACAGUCCUCUAGAAGAGAGAGAGAGAGUGAUUCAUACAGAUAUUAUAACAGGUAUCUAUUUGUAUUUUGAAACAUAGGAACCAUUUUUCAGAAUUUGGUGUUAUAGCUGGUUUGGAAAUUGUCCAUUGAGGCCCUUCUAUUCACACACCAGCUGUGAGACCCUUGCAGUUGUUCAUGAACUCAGCCACACUGUGGAUUAGUCCUCUCUUGCAAAUGCUGAGUGCAGUUUUCCUGUCCAGUCUGCAGGUCUUGUAGACAACAGUCGCCAAAGCCAGACACAAGUCAGCCACACGGGUGUCCUUCUGAGCAUGCUCAGUCAGAAUGUCGCCCAGGUCUUCAGAGCUGGUCAGUCUUAGGGGACAAGAAGUGUGAAAAUCUAAGCUACAGUACAGUGCAGAUACAGGCAUUUUGUUGAUCUGUUUGUUUACUUGUUGUACGUGACACUGUGGUUGAUGAGCUGUGUGUCACCAUGCUGCAGAGCACAGCGGACCAUCUCAGUGGAGAGAGCGGCUGACAGCUUGUCACCAGCUGGGAGGGUCAUGAGGAGGGCCUGGAAGAAGAGCAAGAGAGGGUGGGCAGAGCUCGAUGGUCCAUGUACACCUGAGAGAGAGACACAAAAGUGAAGAAUAUGUCAACAACAAACAUCCAGGAAACAAAAACAUACUUGGCAAUUCAGCUUCCAUUGGUGUGAAACUGGGCGUCUGACAGGACCAGAAAAUCCAGUGUUCACACAUUAAAGACUGUCUGGAUUAAAAAAGAAAAAUAAACAACGUUUUUCUGAGCAUGUAAAUGGAAAUAUUUUGAAAAUGCUGAGCUAAUGAUGGGAAAUUCAAGAGCAGCAACAUUUCUUUGGGGUGUCUGUGUUUUUAUUAAGGCUGUGACAUAGACGCUGAUUUCUCUUUAACAUGGAGGAGGUCAUGGAAGUUGACUUUUUUUCUGUGGACAGUUCAUACUGUACAUAAAAAUAAAUUCCAAUUUCAAUCAUCUGAAGUCUUUCUUUUUGUACAUGCCCCUGGUAAAUGUUGAUAUACGUAAUGGUCUAGUCUCUUUCUUAUACAUUCUUUGAUUUACUGUAUUUUGUUAUAAUCACCAGGCCUCCAUCCCCUCUGAGAGAGACGUGAAGCCAACAUAUCACCUUGAUGGGCAUCGGCAUAUUCUGCCAGUGCGAUCAAUAUGCAGGAAUAAUCUGGACUGUGGGGCUGUGGGAUCGAUCCCUUCCACUGAUCAAAACACACAUUUAAGUUACCCUGAAAAUAUUGGAGAUCUUCAUGUUGACACAACCCACAGAGGAACAGCUUCUUGGGUUGAUUUGAAGAAAACUCUAAAGGUUAUGAAAAGAUGACUCUUGUUUUCGUGUUUUUUUAGGAGGUUUUCUUUCAAUCCUCCUCCUCUACUAAUCCAAUAAGGGCUGCAGUUGUCAUAAGUAAGUAAGUAAAUUUAAUUUAAUAUUUAAUUAAUUAAUUUUAAAUUAAAAUUCAAUUUCACUUGUCAUAGAUAAAAUGACAAAGUGUUUUACAACAAGGAUAAAAUGCAACAAAAUACAGAGAAACACAAUAUAUAUAAUGGCAUAGAUUAAGCCAACUUCACAAAAGCCCCACAACAACCACAUCAGUUAAGCCUGUCUAAAAAGAUAGCUGUCAAUCAAUCAUUUUUUAAAACAUGGAAUGGCUUAUGAAAACUAAACUUGUUGGAAAAAUGGCCGCCCUUGUAUAUCAGCAGAAUUUACAGCGAACAGAGAGCAUCUAAGAACUUUUUUCCUCAUGAACUGAAUUUACACACAGACAGCUAUAAUGGAUGAGGUGGGCUUUAAUGCCUGUACUGCAGUCAGUCACCAGGGGGAGCUCUAAAAGCCCUGCCCUCACUCUGGACUGCUGCCGUUCUAUCCAUACUGAAUUUGCAUGUUUAAUUCAGCAAAUGCAGAGGGCAUUAUUACACUGUCUCCACCACCCUGACAUAACUGAAACAUGUGCACCUGAGGGUGUUUAGGGUUGUAACUUAAAUGGUUAAAUUCCAUACUUAAAAGCUCUCAUGGACAAGGACUUUUUUUCUUCUUGGGUCGACAGUUCCUCAAGAAAACCUUCCUAAAAGCACUAGCCUAAGAGAGGACUAUACUGUAAAGUAGUUUUUUUAGAAAAACAAGUGUGUCAUGAUCAUUAGUGCUCUCUUCUCAGGUCACUAUGAAAACUAGAGGAACCAAACUCAGGAACUGAAAGUCUCUUUUCAGAAAGAUCUUGACUGAAUGAGGGAAGCUAGAGUGAAGACGGACAUAAUAUGGUGGCUUCAAACGUGACAAAGGAGGCAUUAUUUUGCUUUUCUGUUUCCUGUGGUUGAACGGGGAUCGUUGAAUAAUAAAAGAGAAAAUGAAAGUCUUGACUAUUGAGCCAAAAUGAUUCGGAGUGAUUUUUUUCAUAGAUUUGUUUUAGAGAGCAACUAAAAUGACUUGAUGAGACAUGACCAAAUUUGAUUAAAAAGACUCAUGUACUUUGAAUUUGCUCCUCUUAAGAUUCACCUUUGAACAUCCCCAUGAUGUCGAGGUUCCUCAGGAUUCCUUGGGGAGACCUGGCAGCAUGUAGAGCAGCUUCCUCGUACUCAGCUGCUUCAAAGAGCUCCAAGAACCUGUCGGAGAGUGAAAGAGGAACAUUUCAGAGAGACAUCAGAAAACCUGUGAAGUCCCCAGAGAUAAAUGCAGCACCUGUUCAGGUAGUCUGUCAAGAAUUUAGACUCAUCAACUCCAGUGGGCUCCUCAUUCUCAAACAGCUCAACGAUGAUGCUGCUGACAUCUUCUUCAGUCACUGCAGGAGAAGAUGAGAGCGACUUCAAUAGAUGCAAGAUAUUUAAUCACCUCAUCUGUAACUCUGAGGGUAUUAUCAAUCACAGAUUCAUUAUUUUGCAGAUAGAGAGUUUUCAGUAGCUCACACCGGUGGAGAUGUGUUUGUUGAAGACAAAAUAACACUUCAAGACAGAUUCUUCUGAAGUGAGAAAGAGUUUUGUCAAUGUGUUAUCAUUUCAAAACACAAAGAAGUAUAAAUCUUUUCUCUAAAUUUUCACCCUUUUUGAGUCUAAAAUCCUUGAUAGGUAUUAUGUCAUUAUCCGUCUUUGUACCAGGACUGAUUUGAUCAAAAGGUUGAAUAGCUGCUGUGUCUCACUACUGUUCUGUUUGAUGUUCUUCACUGUUGAACCUAGAAGUUGCUCCAAAGAAACCUGCUGCGUUUCCCUCUCCCAGCAGGACACAUGGUUCGACACAAAUCUUAAACGCUUAAACCUGAAGAUGCAGAGAGAUCAGAGAAAUAAUUUUACAUAAUACUCCAUCAAAGAAAUGAAUGAUACGACUCAGGUGUUUGUAACAUCUUCAUCAGACAAGUAUAGAUUUAGAGUUUAAGCCCUCACAAAGCUUUCAGUCUGUUGUUCUCAGCCCUCAGCUGAUCCCUGUGCUGCUCAGCAGCCUGCAGUUUGGCCUCCAGCUCAGCUUUGACCUCCACUGACACACAGUGACUCUUCCUGUCCAGAAGAGAGUCUCUCUGGGCUUUAAGUCGCUCUAGAUAUCUAUCAAGAGCCUCAGGAUCCUUGGACUCAGCCACCGUCAUACCUGAGAGACAGGACAGACAUGAGCUUCAAAGUUGAAACAGAGGUGAUGUUCAGUACCAACUACCUGCUAAACUCUGAUAGUACACUUCAAAAACAUCCAUGCUCUGCUGUAUUAUUAAAACACCUUAAGCAGAGAUCUUAUAGGGUCCAUCUUGCUUUGAGACUUGACCCACAAUAACAAAGUGGAGCUCUGUGUUUGUUUGAGAUGGUUUUGGAUCAGAUUAAAACAAUGAAGUAAAACAAUUUAAUACAAAACAGUUAAACCUCUCCUCUGCUUAUUAACCCUUAAAUCAGGAAGAUCUGGGUCUUACAACCACUGACCUUACUGCAAUAAGAAACUGACAACAGAAUAAAGUAAAACUAAACUGGAUCAGAUUGGACUGAAGAUCCCUUCAGUAAUCCUUCCUGAAACUGAUUUUUGUUUUGAUUCCAUUCAGCAAGUGUUUGAAGGACAGGUGCUGAGAUGGGGCCAAAUCACUGAAAAUAACUACACAAAACCACCUUUGUCUAAACACACAUCUGGGCAGUGUAUAAGACUGUCACCUACAAACACUCAAUAUACAUCCCUUAACACCAUGUCUUCUAAUGUCAGCAGUACCAGGUAUCCACAUGCUCUGCUCUUUAAGGGACUGUUGUUUCUUGAUCUCCUGUUGAAGAUCUGCUGUUUCUCUUUGAAGGACACAGAGUCUGGAGAGACAGAGAUGAUCGGUCAAUGGCUGGAUGACUUCAACAUUUUGUUAUGUGUUCCAACCAUCACAACACCCUGCAUACUAAUGUCAUUCUCAGACAUCAGCACCAUAAAAGUUACAUACACACCUUUCCUUUAGAUUGGUAGCUCGUCUCUGGCAGGUUGUCAGUGACUUCUGGUGUAAAGUUGAAGCCUUAAGGAUUCGCUGAGCCUCCUUGCUCUCCUCCUCCCUCCUCUGCAGCACCUUGAUUGUAUCAUCAUACUCUCCCUUUAUGGUGAGAAGGAGUUUCUUGUAUGAUGUUGCUCUGCCAAUCACCUAUUAAAAAACAGGACGAGGAGGAAGAUCAAAGAGUGAGUAUUUUUUUAAAUCCUGUUUUUUACUGGUCCAACAAAGUAGUAACUUAUAAUUACAGGGAACACGGUGGAAAAUUGUGAAAAACUUUCACUGUUUUGUGCUAUAGAAUGUCAUAUUGGAGAGCAUCACAUGCUGUACUUGAUAGUUUCAUCUAUUUUUUAAAGUAAUUUCAUACCUUGUUAAACACGGAGCGGUAGAUGAUGAAGCGCAGCUCAUCCGGGCCCUCUGCUGGACACUGCAGGUACUGUUUUUCAUAUUCAAUAAACUCGUACAGAGACUUGAAGAAACUUUCGUCGUUCCCCGAUAACAGUGUUUCAGGUGUAGAUUGCCUUUCUUCUUGUAUUGUACAUGAACUGCUCGAUUUUUGUGGCUCACACAUUUUUUUUCCGUCUAUCCGUGGAGGAUUUUUUCUCCAGCCACUACGUUUAUAGCUCCCACGUUGCUAUAGUUACCAGUAAAUCCAACAUUUCAUAAGCAUGUCAAAAAAAUUCUAAUUUUACCAUCCUUUCAUACAAUCUUCAAUGUAGAUGAUGAGGUUUGUAUAUCAAUUGAUUCAAGCACGUCUAACAGAAGAAACUUAAUGUUUAUUGAGAAUUUUAAUCAGGCACAAAAACGGUUACCUAGCCCGUGGAAUUCUGUGCAGAAAACCCCGUCUCUCCCUCUGAAAGCCCUCUUCUCAUGAUCCGCCAUUAGGAGUGAGCCUGUGGUAAGAUCGUGCUCUGGAUUUUAACUCAUUUUCUUUAAAAUAACCACUUCAUAUGAACGUUUAAGCACAAAUAACAUGAUGAAAUCGUUGUGUAUAUUUCUACUUUAGGUGGGUUGAACGGCAGGAUGCAGAUUUUCGUCAAAACCCUCACGGGGAAGACUAUAACCCUCGAGGUAGGAGCCGGAGUGUGAUGGAGGGAGGCGGCGUUUAGCUGCUAACCUCAGCUCACCCUAACUGCUUAAAAUGUCUGAUAAUAUCACAUUUAAUCACAACAUUUUGUAUAUAUCAAGUGAAUUGUAUCUUGAGUAUGUUUAAACUCCGGCUAACUUCCCGUCAUGACUCGUCCUACUUGAGUUUACCAACUUUGAUGCUAAGCUAACAGUUAGCAGCCGCUCCGCAGCAUAAACACGUGUGUCAGAGAACAGCAGAGAUAUACAGGGUUAUUAUCCUUGUAAUGUGAACUUAACACCGUACUCAUAGAAUAAAUAGACCAUAACGCCACUGAUAAGUAGUUAUUAAUCUGAAGCGGCCUGUGAUUGUGUCUUUGACCCGGUGAUCGUUUCCUGUCUGAGCUGACUUCACUUGUCUUCAUGGUUUUCGCAGGUUGAGCCUUCAGAUACUAUAGAAAAUGUCAAGGCCAAGAUCCAGGACAAAGAGGGUGAGUUGGUCUUUUAAACUGCAUUGAAUAUAGAGUUUAAUGUCUGGUGUCAAAGAGUUAGACAUGGAGGUGAAUGAAUGUGGUCAUUGAGACCUCCACAGAAAUCUGCACUCCAUUAUGAUAGGUAGACAGAUAGACAGACCUAAUUGAUUCCAAACUGGGAAAUUUCGAUGUUACAGCAGCAACAAAAACACAAAAUAAAAUUCAAUAUAAGUAUGUACAAUACAGAUUAAAGAUACUAAAUAUGCACAAUAAAUACACACUAAAUAUACUAAAUAACCUGAGAGAAAAAAAGUGGGAUAUCCACUGGUAAUACUAAUAUGAAAUGAGUAAUAAAUAUGGAAUUUUAAAUAUACAGAUGGGAUAAUGAAUAGACAAGUUAAGGUGCUCAGUAAUGUAAUGUGAUGUGGUAGGAGUUUUUAAAAAUGGACUAUACAGCAGACAGAUGUGAGUCUCUGUGUGACAGAUGUGAGUUAUUGAAUAGUGCAAUUUCUUGUGGCAGGAAAGAUUUCCUGUAUCUGUCCCUACGACAGUGGAGCUGCAACAGUCUGUUGGAGAAGGAGCUCAGCUGUCUGUCCAGAGUGAGGUUGAGAGGGUGGUCAGGGUUAUCCAUGAUGGAUAACAGUUUGAUCAGUGUCUUCCUCUCCACCACAGCCUCUACAGUGAUUAUGAAUGUUAUGUUUUAGUUAUGGACCGACUUGGUCCCUAAUCUCUAUUCACCCCACUCUUUGGCUAGAUAAUAGAUGAAGUCCAAUUUCAGUCUGUCUCUGUGCUGUUGGCACUGUACUUGGACUAAUGGGAAACAAAGUUUAGCAGUAAUAAUGAAUAUAAUACAUUUUAUUUGUAGUGCCCUUUAUAUCAAGAGACCUCAAAGGGCUACAUCUUAAAGCAAAGAAAUGUCACUGUUAAGGAAUAUAAAAAUAGGUUAUUGGAGCAGGUUUAAAAAAAAAAAAGUCCAUGAGGAGGACCCAAAAGUUCUACUAUAAAGGAAUUUUGGGUCUUUUUAUUUUAAACUGUUAAAUUGUGGGGAAAUUGUCAUUGCUGCCUACUCUGUUAAGAGAGGCCGCUGUAUCAUAUCUUUGUGUUUUGAGAAUACAAACUGUCAUUCAGCUACAAUUAAAAGACGAUGGCCAAUUAGCACUGCCAGGUAGAAGAGCAGGAGGAGGCAGGUGUGUGUUGGUAAAACAGAGGGAAAGUGUGAGCAAUGACUAAGGCGAACAAGAUUGAACCAGCUAUCAAUUGCCUGGUUUGAUUUAUUUACUUUAAGUAUUUUGUCAUAAGUCUGAACAAGCUUAGUUUGGUGCAGAUGCUGGCAAAUCAGAGCAACAUAUUCAGUGGUUGUGAUCUUCAUACAUAAACUGAAUUAGUUAUUGCUGUCAUGAGCAGCUCUACAGUGAGCCACACAUUUUGUACUGAAUCUAGAAUCUCUGAGAGUCUGUCUUCAGAUGGCACUGAUGCACUAUGAUGAGUGAAAUGUGGAUUAUUAGAGAGAUAGAUACUUUGAUUUCACAUAAAGUGCAGAGGAAAACGAGCAGGUCUAAUAUAAAUCAUCAGUGUGACUUGAUUUGCUGUUUUGACACAAGAGUUUCCUUGAAUUGAGGGAGUAAAGGUUGUGAAAGUGUGCAAAUGAAUGUCCCACCUCUGGGUUUCCUGUGGAUCUGAGUGUUUUUAGUUCUUAAUAGGAACUGCAUGGUCAUUGUUACUAAUUUAAGUUGAAAAGUUGGUACUGAUCUCUCCCUGAGAGACCAUCAGUGUGUAGACCACCUGCUUGAUCUGGAGUUGAUGUUCUGGUCUCUGAUCUGCAGGUAUCCCUCCUGAUCAGCAGAGGUUGAUCUUUGCCGGAAAGCAGCUGGAGGAUGGACGCACGCUGUCAGACUACAACAUCCAGAAGGUGAGCUGUCACUGUCUGCUGAGAAUAAACAGGAAGUUUUGACAAAUGGUGUUACCAUUGAGUUUGAUAAAUGAGCAGAUAAUGUACAGAUCAAAUCACGGUGCAGGACAUGGCAAACGGUUUACUUUGAACCCUGGACUGCUAUCAUUGGGUUCAGGUUUUUUUUGCCUAACUGAUCAAACUCCAACCUCAUCAUGAAUAAAUACAGACAUAGGGGGCACAAUGGGCAUAUAAAGCCAUUACAAAUUAAGCUGAUGUUUUCAGCAGCAGCUCAAUUUGAAGGCCCCUCAGAUAUGUUGUCCUCCAAAGAGUCGGAGAAACAGUGUUAUACAUCAUGAAGCAACUUUAAUUUACUUUAGCUGUGACUAUCAGUGCAUUCCUCUUUAGCACGGUACUAAAUCCCUGAUCUUAUAAGAGACUAAAAGUCCGUUUUUUGUGAGGAAGAAACUUUUUAGUGAAACAAGUAAAUUUUGUCCAGUGUGGAUAGACGAUCAGAUCUGUGUAAAGAUGGAUGUUAUCAAUGGCUGAUCCAACAUUUCAGGUACUUCUAAUGCUGGGGACAGAGUUACCGCCCGGCUGCAAAAGAGCGUUUCACACUAAAGAAGCCUUUUUUUGUUGUCUUCCUCAGGAGUCCACUCUGCACUUGGUGCUGAGGCUGCGCGGUGGUGCAAAGAAGAGGAAGAAGAAGUCCUACACCACCCCCAAGAAGAACAAGCACAAGAGGAAGAAGGUCAAGCUCGCUGUGCUCAAAUACUACAAGGUACGAAAGCUUCACUCCUGACUGGCUCUGCGUUUAUGUUAAAGGCUGACACUGAAAAAAAAAGACAUUUAAAUAGAGGGAUAUCUAAGGAAGGGGCAAAGCUAGAUAAGCUGUUUUUUCUUUGAACAUUAGGUCAGCUUUUUUAAAAAGGGGAAACAUUGAUGUGAUUUUAAAGACUCAAGAACAAAAUCGGUUAUCAGCACAAUUUAAAAUGGAGUAUUUUAAGGAUUCAAAUCCACUAAGAAGUAAGGUCUGCGUCAUGAAUACUUUAAUUUCAUCAGAGUUAAAGAUGUCUUCUAAUUCCAUCAGGUGGACGAGAACGGAAAAAUCCACCGACUGAGGCGUGAGUGUCCUGCUGACGAGUGCGGCGCUGGCGUCUUCAUGGCGAGCCACUUCGACCGUCAUUACUGCGGGAAGUGCUGCCUCACCUACUGCUUCAACAAGCCUGAGGACAAGUAGACAGGGACACUCUGAUGGGCGUUGAUAAUAAAGACAAAACUGUUUGACAAAAACCUCAACCUCUGCGUGUUUUUACUCUCUCAGACCUGACCGGAUUGUGUCAAGUUUCAACAUUCACUUUUUAACUCGAGCUGGACUUGUCUUAAACUUUUUUAAGUCUUUGAACUCAAGUCCCACUUUAUUCUUGAAAUUAAACAAAGAGGUAAUUAAGUAUUUUAAAAUAAACAGUUUUAUUACACUGUAUGAGGGUGUGCAAUGUGGAGUUCUUAGAUUUUGUUUAUAAGGCCUCUUCACAGCCAGGCUUACUGAGGUUUUGGACAGGCAAGAUAAAAUGACUCGACAUAAAAGUAAAACCCCAAAAAGUGAUGGUUUGGUAAAGAGUCAAUUGAGAACCGUGAAUAUUAGCAACUGACUUAAACUUCAAAUUUGUUACAUGUAUAACCAUACGAAUUGUCAGUUUGUCUAUUUUCAUUAGUUUCAAAUUGUGUGACUCAGGGGAAUUGCCAGAGCUACAGUUGCUCAAGUAUCUAAUUAGUAGUUAAAGAGUUAUUUCCAACAUGCUGCGUGGUGUGAACGGUACAGUAUCAGAUGGAGGUGUUAUUGAAGAUUCUGGUGUGCUUCAGUUUAACAUCCCCAGUAUGAGGAGGGUCAUGACUUUGCUUCAUUAGCCCCAUGUUUAACUCCAACACUAGGCCCCUUCAGGUAAAAGGCUCAUCUGCACUCAAUGUGCUGCUAGUUUGAGUUCAGAAGUGACUGUUGUGUCUCUGGAUGUGUUGUGUAAUAAGCAUGAUCAGAUGUUGGUGGAGUUUGUUAUUCACAGAAGUCUCUGGACUUUAAACAAUACUGUUACCAGACACAAUGUCAUUUAAUAUAAUAUACAUAAUCUAAAUACAAGCUUUAUUCUGAAU